UGCGAGAAUGACAUCGAGUCCAUGGUAGAAGAAUCGCAGAAGAAAACCCAUCAGUCAUCUAUGGUUAUUGCCAGCCAGCUUGGCGGCCUUGUGGUUUCCAUGGGACCAAAAGGCAGUUUUACGAUGAUGGAAAAAUGCAGCCUUGAACAAGCAGAGCUCAUCAGUGACUCCUUAAAAAUGGCAUUGGCGGAAGGAGCUCAUGGCUGUGUAGAAAACCAAAUAUCUGAAAGUCUCUUGCUGACAGAUGAUCUUCACGCACAGAUAUGUUUGGAACUACCAGGAAAGGUAACAGAAGAAGCCAAAAAAGCGCUGGUUUGUCUGACAACUUCAUUCAAGGCAUUCAUGAAGAAAAUCUCAUCAAUGUGGGAACUGCUCACUUUAAGUAAAAGACCCAUUCCUGAUGAUCUCCCCGACAAGUUGUUUCUGCUGUGUCAAACGUUAUUUUCCUUGUUGACGGACCUACAGACCGGCUUGAAGCAAACGGUGGAAAUGACCCCGAAACACUUAAAAGCUUGGAACACUCCGGACCUGCAGAUUCUCAAGCCGCACCUCCAGUCACUUCCCAAAGCCGCUGAGACUUUGACGAAAACUUUGCACAUUCUGUGUGUGGAAGUUCAUCAAGAACUCCAAGAUCCCUCAGCCGAUGACUAUUGGGCUGCGAUGAAUAAGGAGGCAGAGAUGGCCGCCCAGGAGUUCUUGACCUCUGUGAAGGAGUUAUUGAAGCUGCUGGAAAGACUGCGUGGUGUCGAUUGUCCCGACUCGGGGAGCUGGAUACAAAAGCACAAAAAGAUGCCCCCGAGUGCACGGUGGGAGCCGUCCAUCCAGCUGUGGGCGAGGAGCGGCACUGCUGUGCGUGACGUGGUCGCCAAAUUAAAUUAUCAGUCGUUAAGUCAGCAGGGCUGGAGCCCUGAGAACAGGAGGACCAUUUCGUGAGGCGCAGGCUUUUAACGUUCUUAAUAGAAAAGAGUUGCCAAAACACGAUGACCUUGAAUGCUAAAUUAUAUUUCGAAUAUCUCUCUCGAUUUGUGAAUAAUAGGUUGUUCUCUGGAGGAAAUGUUUAGAUUUUAUAUUUUGUGCUAUUUACACCUUUUGUAUGAUUUUUGUUUUUUUCUGUAGAUAUGUCAUUAUGUGUAGAUGUUAUUAGUAAAACUUCAUCAAAUACACCGUCACUUUCUAUAUAAGCACUUAUUUGGGUUUGGUUUGCUUCAGCUCUGAGUGACACAGUGCUUAAUUUGUGCUUCAACUGCCAGUAAUUGUACAUAUUUAGCUGUUUUAUUCCACUUAAAAAUAAUAAAAAAAAAAUUUAAAAAAAUUAAGACUAUUUUAAACAAAAUGUAUGAAUCAUUGAAUGUAGGGCGAUGGACUGCAUUUUGCAUGCUUAUGUGAAGUUGACGCCUUUUUAUAUAAAAGUGUGUAUAUAAAAAUGAAUUAU